AUGUCAGAAGAAUCAAUUAUGUCUAUAAAUAAUCAAGCAAUUAAAAUCGAACCACCAGAAUAUUCAGAAGAAGACAUUAAACGCGAAAUUGAUUAUGAAUUCGAUGAUCUUGAUGAUAUUGUUAAAUCUGAAUCGUGUACUGAGGAUUAUGAAACCUGUUUACAAAGAUUCAUGAAUUCCGAAGUGACUAUAGAAGAAGAGGUCAAACAGGAGUUUGUCGAGACAUCAGCUUACGAAUGUGACACUUGUAAUAGAGCAUUUACAGAUCCAGAUCACUUAAAAGAGCAUGUGGUCGAUCACAUGCCUAGCAAUAGCAAAGAAAGCCCUUUCAAAUGUAAAAUCUGUCAUAAGACUUUCAAAUCGGUUUAUUUAAAAAAACACAUGCUAAUUCACAGCGGUAAGCGCCCCUAUGAAUGCAGUGUAUGCAAUAAGACAUUCACAAAAUUAGGUAGUCUUAAACGUCACAUGCUCAUUCAUAAUGGAGUACGCCAACAUAAAUGCAGUAUAUGCAAUAAGACAUUCACACAAUCAGGUAGUCUCAAACGUCACAUGCUCAUUCACAAUGGAAUACGUCCUCAUGAAUGCAGUAUAUGCAAUAAGACAUUCACACUAUUAAGUAAUCUGAAAAAACAUAAGCUCAUUCACAAUAGAGUACGCCAACAUAAAUGCAGUCUAUGCAAUAAGACAUUCAUACAAUUAGAUAGUCUUAAAUGUCACAUGCUCAUUCACAAUGAAGUACGCCCCCAUGUAUGCAAUAUUUGCAAUAAGCGGUUUACACAAUCUGGUCAUCUGAAACACCACAUUUCUUUGGUGUUUUUGACUUUCACAGAAAUAGGCAGUAUGAAAUGUCACAUGCUGAUUCAUAGUGGAGUACGCCCCCAUGUAUGCAAUACUUGCAAUAAGACGUUCACACAAUCUGGUCAUCUGAAAACCCACAUGCUCAUUCACAGCGGAGUACGCCCUCAUGAUUGCAAUAUAUGUAAUAAGACAUUUACAACGUUAAGUAUUCUAAAAAGUCACAUGCUCAUUCACAGUGGUAAGCGUCCCCAUGAUGCAGUAUAUGCAGUAAGACAUUCACACAAUUAA